AUGGAUUUGGGAUUUUCUAAAUUAAUGAAUACAAAUCCAAUGUAUACAAAUUAUUAUUCACAAAUUAAUAAUAAUAAUAAUACAUCAAAAUUAUCAUAUCCAGUUGCUAGUUCAUUCUUUCAUUAUAAUUCUAAUAAUGAUUUAUCAACAGCGGCGACAACAACAACAACAACACCUAUGUUAAAUGAACAAUUAACUUCACAAAUAGAACAAUUGAAUAAUUUUUCAUUAGUUAAUGAAUCAAAACAUUUAAAUCAAUUAUCUAAUGAAAUGUCAAUGAAACGUUUAAAAUUAGAUAAUGUACAACAUACAAAUGAAUAUGAUUCAUCUAGAAAUUGUAAUAGUACAAAUUCUAUUAUACCAUGUGAUCUACGUGCUGAAAAUAAUGAAAUAAAUAAUGAUAUGAAUCGUCAAUUCAAUGUAAAUGAUACUAUUCAUACACAAUCAAUGCAUAAUCAUUCGUUAGAACAUGUACCAAAUGUUUCAAAUUAUAAUUUUUGGCAUAAACUCAAUUCUUAUCCAAUAUUUCCUUAUCAUUCAUCUCAUCAUCAUAAUACAAGUACUACUUAUAGCUCUACUAAUGCUACUACUACUAUUAAUAAUGAUAAUCACUUAUCGAAUUAUUAUGAUCGAUAUAUGUGCAAUACAACAUUUCGAUAUUCACAUCCUUCAAAUAAUCCCACAUAUAAUUUGUCAAUUUUCCCACCCUAUUCACCAACUGGUGCACCAUCUCAUUAUUACCAUCAACAACAACAACAUAGUCAAGGAGAAUCGAACAUCAUGUCAGAGUCAAGAUUGUCAAAUACAUUCCCUUCAUUUAUUACUGAAUCUCAGAUAUCACUUCCAUCAUCUUCACCAUUAGUUACCAUGAAUACAAACACUACUAAUUUACACAUAAGUAAUGCUUUAUUUUCAUCUCAUAUGAAUAGUAAUAAUGUCAAUGCACCAUGUAUAACUUUAACAGCUACAACUGUUAAAAAUUCCUUUUCUACUGUAUCGUCUGUGAUUACAUCAUCUAUUUCGGAUACUCCUACCGAUACUAUUCAUAGUAAUCAUUGUAGUCAGAAAAAUUUAAAACGAAAAUCAACAAGCAAUUAUGAUUUUAAUACAAGAUCACAAGAAGAUAUAAACAAAAAUAAAUCUGUUAAUAAUUUAUAUGAAACAUCAAAUAUGUUGAAAGUCAAUAAUGACGAAGAUUUAAUUGACAAAAAUUGUGAAAAUAACGAUGAAUCACAACAUUCACCAAUUUCAUCAUCAAUGGAUUAUUUCUCCCAAACAAAUUCCAUUUCACCACAAGACGAUAAUGUAUCACAAAUAAAUGUUUACAAUAGUAAUAUUAAUAAUAAUAAUAAUACUGAUAAUAAUAAUAUUAUCAUAAAGAAUAAAAAAAUACGUAAACCGCGUACAAUUUAUUCCAUAUGGCAAUUGCAAAUGUUAAAUCGACGUUUUGUUCAUUCUCAAUAUUUAAAUUUAACAGAACGUGCAAGUUUAGCAUCACAACUUGGCUUAACACAAACACAAGUUAAAAUCUGGUUUCAAAAUAAACGUUCCAAAUUGAAGAAAAUUCUACGUCAAGGACAAGAUCCUACAGCAUUUCUUAAUGGAACAACGAAUGAUACACCUGAGGAUGAUCAAAUGGGAAGUGAUUAUGAAGAAGAUUCACAUUCGUUGAAUUGUGGUGACACAUCGAAAUUGUCAUCCGAUCAAAUUGAAUACAACAGUCAUCAUUCACAUAUUCCACAUCCCAUACAGUCAAAUCCUCAACAUUUUCAUUCAAUCAACCAAAAUGAAGAUUUAGAAUUUAAUAAAAAUAGAACACAUGAAAUGAAUAACUUUCAGAAGAACACAGGAAGAACUAAUGAUUAUGAUGAACGAUUUUUUCCUUUAAAUAAUAGUAAUACAAGCUGUGAGUUAUAUUUAAAGUCAAAAUUUCCACCUCAUUCUAAUGAAUCCAUGAAUCAAUUAACUGAUGAUGAAGCUAUCAAAAUUUCUACUCAUCAAUAUUUAACAUACACUGCACCUAAAUUAACCAAUGAACACCAUACAAAUACUUUUAUUCAAGCUGAAGAUCACGUACUAGUUAAUAAUAUUCAAAGUCAUUUAUUAACUGAACAAUCAAAUAAUGUAAGUUGUAAUCUUUCGUCACAUUCCCUUUCUCAAUGUAAUACUCAUUCAUCGAAAUCUUCAUCACCAUAUUCUGAUGGUAAACAACAAAGUUAUUCUGAAAAUAUUAUUCAUAAUGAUGAACAAUGUUCACAUAAUUCAUGGUCUUCAUCACUUCCUACAAUCCAACAAAAAUCUAAUGUAGACGAGAACUGUUCAAAUUUACAAAAGAAAUCUGACUGUUCAACAUAUAAUACAAAUUCUAAUUGGACUUCUGUAAACAAUCAAUCAAUUCAUGGUAAAUCUGAUGAAAUUAAUCUUGAUAUUCAAUUACCACCGUCAUGGUUACCAAGUUCAGUGAAGAAUUAUCAACCUACUGAAAUUUUAAAUACAGUAUCUACAGAAGAAUGUAAAUUAUUCACUGAACAUGAAGAUCCAGUUAAUCAGUGGUGUAUUGAUCAGCCUAAUUUAAAACCACAAGCUGAAUCGACUAUAAUCGAAGUUCCAUAUGAAUAUACCUAUUAA